CGUUAAAUUUUAUUGUGUCAUGCGUUGAAACGUACUGAGUGGUUUCCGAACGUCACUAUAAAGCGGAGAACAUACCAACGCGAUCUCGACGCGAUGGCGUUCACGAUCGCGAUCGCGAUACGACUCGUCUCAAACAAUCAAGUGGAUCCGCACAUACUUGUCGCGACCUGUUGGCGAUCAAAGGAAUUUGUGCAGCGUUCUGACGGCAAUCGCGGCGAUAUAAUUAGUUAACGUUCAGAACUCAGCAGUGGUGCAACGUUUCAAAUAAAAUGGAUAUCGAAAAACUUAUUGAAAUUGUAAAAAAACAUGAUAUAUUUUUCGACAUGUCCCACCCAGAUUAUAAGAACGUGCGUAUUAAAAAUAAAAUUUGGGAUCAGAUUGGAAAUGAAUUAAAUAUAAAAGGUGAAGAUCUGAAGAAACGCUGGAAGAAUUUGAGAGACUGCUAUGCAAAAUACCUCCGUUCUGAAAAGACUAGAACUGGACAGCAGGCGAAGACUACUACCCGCUACAAAUCCUGGCCUUGGGCACAACAUAUGGAAGCUUUCCGACCCUUCCUGCAGUUUGCUCAAACAGAGUCCAAUAUCUCAGAUCCUGGGCUUUCAGAAUCACUGGAACUACUUAGUGAAGAAGUCACUACGCAGAACGGGGCUUCUCUAACGGAAGAAAACUUAUCGAUUGAGAUGAUCCAUGAGCAAGACAAAAAAAUAGAAAAGUUACGUACCAAAAGAAAACUUUCGCAAGACAUUCAAUACUCUUCAGUUGAUAAAGUUAUAUCUUUUUUAAAUAAACGGCACAGUAAUUGUGAGGAAAGUGCUGACGAAAUAGAUCUAGUAUUUCGGGGUUACGCAGCGAGCGUUAAAAAACUAUCACCACAACGUCAGACGCUCAUCACAUAUCAGAUAGCUAAAUUAAUAAUGGAAGAGGAGUUAUCUCAGCAAGCAGAAAUGCGACCAGGAACAAGUAAUUCCUUCAGCUCAUCUCCUUUAUCCUCCAAUUUACCUCUUCAUUCACCAGACGAUGAACAGCAUGUUUACAAUGAAAGACAAGAUGAUUCUAGUAACAGCCAUUCUUCUGCACAAUCGUAUGAGAAUUUUUCUCGCAGAAUUACAAAAAUAUAAAUAUCUUUAUUUUUAUAUAAGUUUUCUUGUAAAAAUUAUUUUCUCUCCUUCUAGAUUUGAUAUAUUCGGAUCAUUUGUUUA